UUUAUCAGACGGCAGCGGUUGAGACAUGCUACUACAGACUGGCUACUGUGCUCUUGAUUCAGUUCCUCAGAAACUAAAAAAAGCGGAACAAGAAAGCAGGAAAAUGUGAGAACAACAGCAAGAAGAAAUAAUGGAUCACGGUGAUUUGCCAGCAGGUGCAUUUAAAGCUCCUGUAGCAGUGUAUUGUGGAAGUGUACCUCACGUCAGGUCUGUGUACCGGACACAACGGAAUGGAAGCAUUGACUCAAACCUUAAUCUCUACGCCAAUGGCUGGAGUGAAAAGGACAAAGAAUUGUCUCUGCCCCAAAUGCAAUUUUCUGUAUCUGGUCUGUGCAAUGGAUAUUCACAGAACCUUUGCAUUGACAAGAAAUCCAAUAAAAGACGAUUGUCUCUAAUUCCAAUUCCUGUGGACCCCCGGCUCAGAAGACCAUUGUCUCAGCCUGAUUCAAGAGAUGUUCAGAAGGAAAUUGAGAUGCUGGAGUCAGAGAACAGAGAUUUAAGAACCAUGGUCAAGAAAAAAGAAACAAAGCUAAAAUCCAAGGAUAUUCCUUCUACUGGAUAUCAGACAAAGUCUGCUCAACUUAGUGAAAUCAGACUGAAGACAAAUCACAGAGCUAAACAAGUAUCAAAAAUAAAUGAGUCAACAGAAAACAAGUCAAGAACCCUUCCACAGAUUCAACUGAAUUCUAAACCAAUUGAGCUGCACAAGGAGGAUUCUAAAGCCACUUUCCCAAAUGAAAUGGGUACCAAAAUACUGCAUGGCAGUCAUAUAAUUUCAAAAAGCACAUCUCCUACAGAAAUCACUACUAAAUAUCUCAAGCCAAUGGAAAUUAGCUCUAAAUCCUUAAAGUCCAGCUUACCUAACUCUAAAAUAUUUAAGUCCAAUUUGCCCAUUUUAAAACCCAUCCAGUCUACAGAAUUUAACUCACCAUCAAUUCACUCUUGUGAAAAUGGCUCAAAAGCUUUUCAUCACAAUAGUUCAGGCAGCAAACCUUGUGUGCCAAGUAAAAAUGGCUUAGGACCUGUUUCCACAAUCAAACUCAGCCAUGAUGAUGGAAUUUCAUCUGAGGAAGUAAUAAGUUAUUCAGGUGGACACAAGCUUAAGAACAAAGAUUCAGAGAAAAACACCAAUCCUGAGGAUAUGCAUGAUGAGUUAAAGGUGUCCCUGCAGUCUUUACGCUCCAGUGCUCUUCGAAAGAAGCAAUCACUAUGUGGAGUUUUAUUAUCUCAAAUUUCCAAAACUGAAGAGAAGCCUGUGUAUGAUCCAAAGCCUCUCAUCCAACUGCAAAGCAGCAUGGAUCAAAGGACUGAUGGGACAUCACUGGUGGAAGCAGAAGUCCCCAAUUCAGAUUUGGGUUCUGCAAUAUUACAAUGUGAAGUAAUGCCAGAAGGAGAAAUGCUAGAGAACAAUGAAGGUCAUUCUGAAGAAACUAAUGACAAAAACAUAACUGGAUCACAACCACAGAGCCAAGAGAAGAUCAGCAAUAUCAUUUCCAAAUCUGCUAAGGAGAAGCUGCAACAGAAAUGGAAGAAAGAACUCGAGCGAGUACAAAAGGAAGAAGAUAAGUGCCAGCCAAACAUUGUCUCCAAAUCCUGCACCAACCUAGCCUCUAAAGAUCACACAGAGCCCAGCAGCAGUCUGACAGAUGGCAACAUUAACUGCAAAUCAGAAAGUAAAGAGAAUUUGGACCAUCCGGCAUUAUAUGCACAACAAACUGAUUGUCCGGAAAUCCUAGAGAUGCAGAAACACAACUCUGAUGAAAAUGAAGCAGAUAAUUCUGAGGUCAACAUGCUCAUCUCUAAGUCUGCCCAGGAGAAGGUUCGGCAAAGGUGGAGGAGAGAACUUGAACAACCAUGGCUGGAUAAAGAGAAAGGGAACACAGAUCAGUUAACUAAUGACCAGGAUUCCAAUCACCCUAAUGAUCCACAAUCCAUGUCUUCUUCAGACCCUACCACAGACCUUCAGUCACAGAUGUCUGCAAAACUGUCUGCAAAUUCCAAUGUUGACUCACAACCUCAGCACCUCCCUGCAAUAACUAGUAACCUCCAGUCAGACCCACUACCUGACCCAGAAACAGAGGAGAGUUCAGAGUUGAAUCAAAAUGAAUACAUUUCCCCAAUUCCCAUAUCUCUGCCACCGAGUGGGCUGCGACUUCGGCGUUCCAGUAUGGGAACUGUUCUCCGGAGGAGAGUCAGUCGUUCUUCUCUACCCAGCAUUUCUUCUGUUAACCUCAUGCGACGACACUCUUCUGUUUUACCUAUAGCAAGUUUAAUCCCUGACACUGAAGAGGAAGAAGAAGAUUCAGAGGGUGAAGAAACAAGACCAUUGACUCAUCCAGAGUCAAGCUUAACAGAGGCUCUCACAUUGUUGAAAGACAAUGAUUGGGAGCUGAAGAGGAAAGGUCUGUUUACAUUGAGGCGACUGGCAUCAUGGCACUCUAACAUAUUAUUGCCACAACUUCAUGAUAUUUGUCUAGCUGUUACUCAAGAGGUGAAUAACCUGAGAUCAAAGGUAGCACGGUCUGCUAUGAGGACCCUUUCAGAGGUGUUCAAAGCUGUAGGGCGUAAUGUUGACCCUGAGGUAGAGGAAUUGACACGUGUGCUUCUUCUGAAAACUGGAGACACCAGUGAGUUCCUACGUGAUACUGCAGAAAAAGCCAUGAGCAUAUUGGUUGAGAACGCCAGUCCUGGACGAAUGCUGUCUGCUCUUAUUGCUACAGGAGCUGCUCAGCGCAAUUCAAUAGUACGAAGCUGUGCUGCAGAACACAUGCUAACAACUGUGGAAUCACUUGGGCCAGAGCGACUCCUGACAGGAGUCCGAGAUGGCCCUGACGUUAUCCUCCAGACCAUGGUUAAGCUGGCUCAAGAUGGACAUCAGGACACAAGGUUCUAUGGCCGCAGGAUGCUCAUUACAUUUAUGGCUCACCCUGAGUUUGACCGCAUCAUCCAGCGAUCACUGUCCACUCAUGACCUUCAUUUUGUCAUGACUUCUAUUAAACAAAAAGGAAUAAGGGACAGUAUAUCUGAACCUCCAUCAGCUAAGGUUCGACAUUCAUUCCGAGGCAGUUUCUCUGCUAGCACACUGGAAGCAACUGUGCCGGGAAGAUGUGAAGAUCCACAGCUUCCAAUUAAAUCAAUGAGACGUCGUUCAUCUAUACUGAAACCAAACUCAGAUUUGAGACGUACUGAUGCAGACACACUUAUCAGUCCUAAUGGGAUUUCAGCUAGAAAGCAGCAGGAUGAUAUACCUCAGCAAAAUCUGUUGCGUCAGGCGGUGGUACGAAGCAUGGAGUGUACCGAGAAACUGAAAGAGCUUCAAAGGCUUUUAACUUCCCGUGAAUACCAAGACCGAAUGCAUGGGGUCACACUUCUCCUUCGUAUCAGUACUGAUAAUACUGGUCUCAUUACUGCCAAUAUCCAGAAGAUCCUGGACUGGUUCAUCCCUCGCCUACAGGAUUCAAAUAAGAAAGUGAACCUGCUGGCAUUGGAGACUGCCAGUGAACUAGUACCCCUGCUAGCAGACAGCCUAAAUCCUGUUCUCUCGGGCAUCACAACUGCCACCAUUGAUAAUCUCAACUCUAAGCAUCCUGGUAUUUCCCUUGGUGCGGCUAAUCUUCUUGAUGCGCUCAUCAUGUACCUUGAUAAUUCACUGUUGUUACAGCCACUGGCCAGCAAAGUGCAGUUUAUAAGUGGGCCAGCAAUACAGGAGGUGGUUCAGCGAUUGGCAAUCAUUGCAGGCACUUCAUAUGCUCGUAAACCUCAAGCAGUAGAGCGCUACAUCCUGCCAGCUCUGUGGUACCUAUUGGCCAACAUGACUGGAAAUGGUAUUCUGCCAGGAGGCUGUGGGAAUAUCCGACCCGUAGUCUUACAGCUGGUCCUCAGUCUGCAGCAGCAGAUGGGCUCAGGUCUACAAGAAAGUGCUUCCAGUCAGACUGCACAUGUUCAAGCUACUCUGCAGGAACUACUGAAAGUUGAGAAACCAGAGGAGCAGUGUUCUUCUGUGGAGACAUAAGACCUUUAAACACUAUGAACUGAAGUCCAAGACAGAAAUUUGAGAUUAUUCACUUUCAAGGUCUCCCUUUGCAACACCCAUACUAUCUCUCAUAAUAAAACCC